UUAUCUCCAACGUGGCGAAGCUAUCCAUCUUUUCUGCUGCGAGAUUAAUUCCUUUUUGUUUUCCUUCUGUUGGGUGUGGAAUAGGUUUUGUGGUUCAUCAUGUACGUUAGCAAAAGAGGAGUCGUGAUGUUGAUGAUCCAUGAAAAUGUCAAAUUUUGGUAGCAAAAUCCCGUCUCCGUACUGUGCUCCGAUCGGUGUUCGUAUCAGAUUCCCUAAUGUAUUCGUAUGUAAAAAUGUAAAUGUUAGUAUUAAGUAUUUAUGCAAACGUUGAAUUUGAUGAUGAUCUAACCUAAUUAAAGACACCGUCGCCGCUUUCCAGUCCAAGGUGACUUUUUUAUGUUGAGAACUCAAUUGUUUUCUUCUUUACACAAGCAAAUUAAUUCCCUUCAAAAUUUGGUGUGGCUUACCUUCUUCAGAGAUCAACUAUGUCCACCACUAAAGUUUAUGUAGUAUAUUAUUCACUGUACGGGCAUGUAGACAGUAUGGCAAGAGAAAUACAGAAAGGAGCCAAUUCUGUGGAAGGAGUUGAGGCAACCCUUUGGCAGAUGUAGGUGCCUGAGACUUUGCCGGAGAAAAUAUUGGAGAAGAUGAAGGCUCCCGCAAAAGCAGAUGAUGUGCCCGAGAUUAGGCCGGAGCAGCUUGUGGAGGCUGAUGGUUUUCUGUUUGGUUCUCCUUCUCGGUUUGGGAUGAUGGCUGCCCAAGUCAAGGCUUUCUUUGAUGCUACUCAUGAACUUUGGGCUACUCAGGCGCUUGCUGGCAGGCCUGCCGGGGUCUUCUGGAGUACUGGUUUCCAUGGUGGUGGCCAGGAGCUUACCGCAUUAACAUUCAUAACACAGUUGGCACACCACGGGAUGAUAUUUGUUCCUCUUGGGUAUACCUUUGGGAGUGGAAUGUUUGAGAUGAAUGAGGUAAAGGGUGGAUCUUCCUACGGCGCUGGAACUUAUGCAGCAGACGGAUCUCGUCAGCCUACGAAGCUGGAACUUCAGCAAGCCUUUCAUCAGGGAAAGUACGUUGCUGAAAUUACCAAAAAGCUGAAAAAAUCUUCCCCUCAAGUGUAGCGAAUAUCAAGUUGUACUAGUUUAUACCAAAAUUUGCAAGUGUUAAAAAUUACAUCAAUGACUUUGAACUGUACAAGUCACCUUAUCACGCCCGUUUCCGCAAAGAACAAUAAAAUUCUAACAAAAAGGUAAUGAUAUUUUGGUGUAAAUUUUUUUU